CAGCAGUGUUGCCACACUAGUUUUUUUUCACGCCAAACUCCAAUUUGACCGGCAUUUAAUAAGUAAAAAUAAAUAUAAAUGGCAGAUAAAAAAGUUGGCGGAAAUGACGGCAACAAGGAGAAGCGACGCAAAGAAUCCAUUUUGGAUCUAUCCAAAUAUUUGGAGAAACAGAUUCGCGUGAAAUUCGCUGGAGGUCGUGAAGCAUCCGGAAUUCUUAAGGGUUACGAUGCGUUGUUGAAUCUGGUACUGGACAAUACUGUGGAAUAUCUACGCGAUUCAGAUGAACCCUACAAACUAACCGAGGACUCCACACGGAGUCUGGGCUUGGUGGUAUGUCGUGGCACUGCUUUGGUGUUAAUAUGUCCCCAAGAUGGUGUGGAAAGCAUUGCCAAUCCGUUUAUAACGCAGUGAGGAGACGAUCUUUUAGGCUAAGAUUUUUGAUUUAAAUAUAUAAUUUAAAAUAUUGGAAAACAAACGUUGGGAGUACAAAUAAAUCAAAGAAAAAUCGCCGUUUUGCGCCAAUUUCAAUUAAAAGAA